ACUGCACUCCAGCUGGGCCGGCCUCCCCAGCCCCGUUGUCAGUCAUGCUUAAGAGUCUAGGACCCCCACGGUGACCUGAUAAGCCCCUGCCUGGCAGGUGUACCCGGAAGGGCCAGUGCAGGCGGGCGGGCCAGCCUAACCAGUGGCUGUGGAGCUAUGAGGAGGACAGCCACUGCCUGCACAUCCAGAGCCUGCUGCCGAGCCACCACCCCCGCCAGGAACAGGGCCAGGUCACUUUGUCUGUCCCCUGGCUGCCCAUCCUGGAUGCAGAUGAAUACUUCCAUUGUGCGUUUGGGGACUAUGACAGCUUGGCUCAUGUGGAAGGGCCCUACGUGGCCUGUGUCACCCCUCCCCAAGACCAGGUGCCACUUAACCCUCCAGGCACAGAACACGUCACCGUGCCCCUGGCCCUGAUGUUCGAAGACGUGGCUGUGGCUGCCACCAACUUCUCCUUUUAUGACUGCAGUGCCAUCCAGGCCUUGGAGGCAGCUGCUCCGUGUCGUGCUUGCGUGGGCAGCAUCUGGCGGUGUCACUGGUGCCCCCAGAGUAGCCACUGUGUAUACGGAGAGCACUGCCCAGAGGGCGAGAGGACCGUCUACAGCACCCAGGAGGUGGACGUCCAGGUGCGUGGCCCAGGGGCUUGCCCGCAGGUUGAAGGCCUGGCAGGUCCCCACCUGGUGCCUGUGGGCUGGGAGAGCCAUUUGGCCCUACGCGUGCGGAACCUUCAGCAUUUCCGAGGCUUGCCUGCCUCCUUCCACUGCUGGCUGGAGCUGCCUGGAGAACUUCGGGGGCUGCCGGCCACCCUGGAGGAGACAGCAGGGGACUCGGGCCUCAUCCACUGCCAGGCCCACCAGUUCUACCCCUCCAUGUCCCAGCGGGAGCUCCCAGUGCCCAUCUACGUCACCCAGGGCGAGGCCCAGAGGCUGGACAACGCCCAUGCUCUUUAUGUGAUCCUGUACGACUGUGCCAUGGGCCACCCGGACUGCAGCCACUGCCAAGCGGCCAACAGAAGCCUGGGCUGCCUGUGGUGUGCCGACGGCCAGCCUGCCUGUCGCUAUGGGCCCUUGUGCCCGCCGGGGGCUGUGGAGCUGCUGUGUCCUGCACCCAGCAUUGAUGCGGUGGAGCCCCUGACUGGUCCCCCUGAGGGAGGCUUGGCCCUCACCAUCCUGGGCUCCAACCUGGGCCGGGCCUUCGCUGAUGUGCAAUACGCCGUGAGCGUGGCCAGCCGGCCCUGCAGCCCUGAGCCCUCUCUCUACCGCACCUCAGCCCGGAUUGUGUGUGUGACAUCUCCUGCCCCCAAUGGCACCACUGGGCCCGUCCAGGUGGCCAUUAAGAGCCAGCCACCAGGCAUCUCAAGCCAGCACUUCACCUACCAGGACCCUGUCCUGCUGAGCCUGAGUCCUCGCUGGGGUCCCCAGGCAGGGGGCACCCAGCUCACCAUCCGAGGUCAGCACCUCCAGACAGGUGGCAACACCAGUGCCUUCGUGGGUGGCCAACCCUGUCCCAUCCUGGAGCCAGUGUGUCCGGAGGCCAUUGUGUGCCGCACCAGGCCCCAGGCUGUCCCAGGAGAAGCAGCGGUCCUUGUGGUCUUUGGCCAUGCCCAGCGCACGCUGCUCGCCAACCCCUUCCGCUACACCGCCAACCCCCAGCUUGUAGCAGCGGAGCCCAGUGCCAGCUUCCGGGGGGGUGGGCGGCUGAUCCGUGUCAGGGGCACCGGCCUGGAUGUGGUGCAGCGGCCCCUACUGUCUGUGUGGCUGGAGGCUGACGCAGAGGCACAGGCUUCCAAGGCCCAGCCCCGGGACCCAGAGCCGAGGAGGAGCUGCGGAGCCCCUGCUGCAGAUCCCCAGGCUUGUAUCCAGCUUGGUGGGGGACUGCUACAGUGCUCCACCGUCUGCUCCGUCAACUCGUCCAGCCUCCUCCUGUGCUGGAGCCCUGCCGUGCCAGACAGGGCCCGCCCGCAGCGGGUCUUCUUCACCCUAGACAACGUGCAAGUGGACUUCGCCAGCGCCAGUGGGGGCCAGGGCUUCCUGUACCAGCCCAACCCCCGCCUGGCACCCCUCAGCCGCGAGGGGCCUGCCCGCCCCUACCGCCUCAAGCCAGGCCACAUCCUGGAUGUGGAGGGUGAGGGCCUCAACCUGGGCAUCAGCAAGGAGGAGGUGCGUGUGCACAUCGGCCGCAGCGAGUGCCUGGUAAAGACGCUCACGCGCACCCACCUGUAUUGUGAGCCGCCUGCGCACGCCCCGCAGCCUGCCGAUGGCUCUGGCCUGCCACAGUUCGUGGUGCAGAUGGGCAACGUGCGGCUGGCCCUGGGCCCUGUGCAGUACGAGGCUGAGCCCCCGCUGUCUGCCUUUCCCGUGGAGGCCCAGGCAGGCCUGGGCAUGGGUGCUGCCGUGCUGAUCGCCGCCGUGCUCCUCCUCACCCUCAUGUACAGGCACAAGAGCAAGCAGGCCCUGCGGGACUACCAGAAGGUGCUACUGCAGCUGGAGAACCUGGAGACCGGCGUGGGGGACCAGUGCCGCAAGGAGUUCACAGACCUCAUGACGGAGAUGACCGACCUCAGCAGCGACCUGGAGGCCAGCGGGAUCCCCUUCCUGGACUACCGCACCUACGCCGAGCGCGCCUUCUUCCCUGGCCAUGGCGGUUGCCCACUGCAGCCCAAGCCCGAGGGGCCAGGAGAGGACGGCCGCUGCACCACUGUGCACCAGGGCCUCACGCAGCUCUCCAACCUGCUCAACAGCAAGCUCUUCCUCCUCACGCUCAUCCAUACCCUGGAGGAGCAGCCCAGCUUUUCCCAGAGGGAUCGCUGCCAUGUGGCUUCGCUGCUGUCGCUAGCACUACACGGCAAGCUGGAGUACCUGACUGACAUCAUGAGGACCCUGCUGGGUGACCUGGUGGCCCAUUACGUGCACAGGAACCCCAAGCUCAUGCUACGCAGGACAGAGACCAUGGUGGAAAAACUACUCAGCAACUGGCUGUCCAUCUGCCUAUACGCCUUCCUGAGGGAGGUGGCCGGUGAGCCACUGUACAUGCUCUUCCGGGCCAUCCAGUACCAAGUGGACAAAGGCCCCGUGGACGCCGUGACAGGCAAAGCCAAACGGACCCUGAAUGAUAGCCGCCUGCUGCGGGAGGACGUGGAGUUCCAGCCCCUGACACUGAUGGUGCUGGUGGGGCCUGGGGCUGGCGGGGCCGCAGGCAGCAGUGAGGUGCAGCGCGUGCCGGCCCGGGUGCUCGACACAGACACCAUCACCCAGGUCAAGGAGAAGGUGUUGGACCAAGUCUACAAGGGCACCCCCUUCUCCCAGAGGCCCUCAGUGCAUGCCCUAGACCUUGAGUGGCGCUCGGGCCUGGCUGGUCACCUCACCCUGUCGGAUGAAGACUUGACCUCCGUGACCCAAAACCAUUGGAAGAGACUCAACACUUUGCAGCACUACAAGGUCCCAGAUGGAGCAACAGUGGGGCUCAUCCCUCAGCUGCACAGUGGCAGCAGCAUCUCCCAGAGCCUGGCCCAGAGGUGCCCCUUGGGAGAGAACACCCCCACGCUGGAGGAUGGCGAGGAGGGUGGGGUGUGCCUCUGGCACCUGGUGAAAGCCACCGAGGAGCCAGAAGGGGCCAAGGUGCGGUGCAGCAGCCUGCGGGAGCGGGAGCCAGCAAGGGCCAAGGCCAUUCCGGAAAUCUACCUCACCCGUCUGCUGUCCAUGAAGGGCACGCUGCAGAAGUUUGUGGACGACACCUUCCAGGCCAUUCUCAGUGUGAACCGGCCCAUCCCCAUUGCUGUCAAGUACCUGUUUGACCUUCUGGAUGAACUCGCAGAGAAGCACGGCAUCGAGGACCCAGGGACCCUGCACAUCUGGAAGACUAACAGUCUGCUGCUGCGGUUCUGGGUGAAUGCCUUGAAGAACCCACAGCUCAUCUUUGAUGUGCGGGUGUCGGACAACGUGGACGCUAUCCUUGCUGUCAUCGCCCAGACCUUUAUUGACUCCUGUACCACCUCAGAGCAUAAAGUGGGCCGGGAUUCCCCAGUGAACAAACUGCUCUAUGCCCGGGAGAUCCCACGCUACAAGCAAAUGGUGGAGAGAUACUAUGCGGACAUUCGCCAGAGCUCUCCGGCGAGCUACCAGGAGAUGAACUCUGCCCUGGCUGAGCUCUCCGGGAGCUACACUUCUGCUCCCCACUGCCUGGAGGCUCUGCAAGAACUCUACAACCACAUCCACAGGUACUACGAUCAGAUUAUCAGUGCCCUGGAGGAGGACCCUGUGGGCCAGAAGCUGCAGCUGGCCUGCCGCCUGCAGCAAGUCGCCGCCCUGGUGGAGAACAAAGUGACUGACCUGUGAGCUCUGGCUCAGACAGCAGCAAGCCGGAUCCACCACCACCGCAGUGCCUUAUGACCCUGGAACCGAGCCAGCCACUGAGGGGAGCUGGCAGAGCCUGGGGGCGCAGGGUGCACAGCCAGGCGCUGUGCCCAGCAGUGGGCUCCCUGCCUACCACCUCCCCUGCCAGCCCACCCACCUUCCCCCCACCUGGGAUUGUUUCUAAUUUAUAAGGACCCCCCCUUCUUCCCCCCUCCCCACUAUAUUUAUUUGCCUGCUGGAAAAUCACAUCUGGAAAUAAAAAU